AUGACUGAUAGGAUACUGAAAAAUAGAGACCCAUUUCUUGAGAACUUGACUUUUGAUCAGCAAAUCCCUGCACCUAAAGAGAUUGCACUAAAUGAGGUCAAACUGCGGCGAGUUGCAAGACCGCUGAGAAAUGUUAGAUUUGUUCCCACGAAGGAACUUGUAUUCCGUUCCAAAAAUGGACCAAUGACGUUUUCCUAUGAGAAGAAGCUCAAGAUACCCGUUGCGAAGAAUAAGCUUAUAGUAGAAGUAAGAUAUGUCGGGCUUAACCCAAUAGAUAUGAAGAUUAAGAACGGAUAUACCAACCCAAUUUACGGCGAAGCUGGGUUGGGAAGAGAGUACAGUGGUGUAAUCACUCAUGUUGGUGAAAAGUUGAAGGACACGUGGAACGAGGGUGACCCAGUUUUUGGCCUUUAUUAUCACCCCCAUUUAGCGGUCGGUAGUUUACAAAGUGCUAUUUUGGUCGAUCCCAGUGUCGAUGCCAUAAUAUUAAGACCAGAGGACCUGGAUGAGAAAGAGGCAGCUGGGUCUUUAUUUUGUUUAGGGACAGCUUUCAACAUAUUAGACAGACUAGAGAAGAAAGGAUUCUUGAAGACCGAGAGCAAUAUCUUAAUCAAUGGUGGUGCAAGCUCGGUUGGUAUGUUUGCCAUUCAACUUCUGAAAAGGGUUUACAAGGUCCAAACAAAGUUGGUUGUAGUGACCACAGGUACAAGUGCGGAAUUUCUCAAGAAACACUUCCCGGAUUUGACCGGUGACAUGAUCUUUAUCAACUACCUAAAUUGCAGGGGUAAAUCCAGUAGGCCCCUCAGAAAAAUGAUAAGCGAGGAGAAAGCUAUAGUCCAAGAUCCCACGUCAGGGACAGAUCUUGAAGUGACAUAUUCUCAAGGUAAAUUCGACGUCGUUCUCGACUUUAUUGGCGGAUAUGAUAUCUUAAAGCAUUCUCAAUCUCUAAUUCAUGCUGGGGGUUCAUACGUCACGACGGUGGGUGAUUAUGUGGCCGAUUAUAAAAACGAUGUUUUCAAUCAAUGGGACAACCCAAGUGCCAAUAUGAGGAAGAUGGUGGGUUCGAUGUUGUACUCUUACGAUUACCAACAUUUUUACUUUGACCCUAAUGUUAAAUCUGCUUCUUCAAAUGACUGGUUGAACAAAUGUGCUGCUCUACUGGACCGUCAAGAAGUAACGUGUAUUAUCGACAAAGUCUAUGAUUGGAAAGAUUUGAAGGAGGCUUUUUCUUAUAUGGCGACCCAAAGAGCACAUGGGAAAGUGAUUAUGAAGGUGGAAAAGUUUUGA